AUGGAGGAUUCGGUCUUUGAGGAUGUCUUUGUUGUGAGUACAAUUAAUGAGUUGCCACCGUCUUAUUAUUCUGAAAUUUCACUCGAAAUGGGUGAAUGUGAGAUGAAAGAAGAGCUUUGUGUAAAUAUAUAUCUAGUUGUUGUGCUCCAUAUGUUCGACGAAAUGCUCUGUUCAACGAGCUCAACACCAUCAUCUUCCACCACUGUCCGCCGAUUCUCUUUGCCGCGGCUAAUUUGUGGCUUCGCCUCUGAGUUGAUAUGGCGAGAUUUUGAUGUCGGUAUCAUGUUAAAACUGAAGGAAGGAGUUUUCUUUUGUGGCAGCACUGGUUUUUGCUAUUCUUCUGUCCGUUAUCUGAUUGAAAAUUGGUGGCAGCAUUGGGCUUAUUCCUUUUGGCUUGAAUCUGUUUGA